CAACAUUCGAUACUUGGCCACAGAAUGAAAGUGCAAAGUUCAUUAUAAUUUCAUUUCGACCCAGGUGUGUCUCUAUUUGCAGAGGGUGAUUAGCGCGGAAGGCGUCAAGGAAUUCAUUAAGGGGCAGUAGCUGGAGGACCUGUGCAUGGACAAAUGGUUCGGUGAGAAACGACUCUGGUUGUUUGGGAAUCAUCUGCCGCUGUUGCCACGAAGAUCACAAGGUAGUUCAAAAAUGGAUCGAUAUGAAAAACUAAGCAAGCUUGGCGAAGGUUCCUAUGGAGUCGUCUACAAGUGCCGCGACCGCGAAACUGGGGCUUUGGUGGCAGUCAAGAGAUUCGUCGAAUCCGAAGAGGAUCCAGCGAUUAGGAAAAUAGCUCUACGUGAGAUUCGAUUAUUAAAGAACCUCAAGCAUCCAAACUUAGUGUCACUUCUGGAAGUAUUUCGUAGAAAACGGCGACUGCAUCUUGUCUUCGAAUUCUGCGAGCACACAGUUUUGCACGAAUUGGAACGUCAUCCACAAGGAUGUCCAGAUAAUUUAACUAAGCAGUUGACGCAUCAGACUUUGCAAGGAGUUUCCUAUUGCCAUAAGCAGGGAUGUCUGCAUCGCGAUAUCAAACCUGAAAAUAUUCUGUUAACUGCACAGGGUCAAGUCAAACUUUGCGAUUUUGGAUUUGCGAGGAUGCUAAGUCCUGGGGAGAACUACACUGAUUAUGUGGCGACUCGAUGGUAUCGAGCACCGGAACUCCUGGUCGGCGAUACUCAAUAUGGAACGCCCGUCGAUGUCUGGGCUAUAGGAUGUGUCUUCGCAGAACUUGUAAGGGGCGAGGCACUGUGGCCUGGACGAAGCGAUGUUGAUCAACUUUACUUGAUACGGAGAACGUUAGGGGACAUAUUACCCAGGCAUAUAGAGAUCUUCAAUCAAAAUGAGUAUUUUAAGGGGAUCACUCUUCCUGUCCCGCCAACGCUAGAACCACUCGAAGAAAAAAUGCCAUCUAGGGCUCUACAAAAUCCACUCACCAUGGACUUUCUCAAGAAAUGUCUUGACAAAGACCCUGCAAAACGAUGGACCUGUGAUAAAUUACUACGUCACUCCUAUUUCGACGACUACGUCGCCCGACAACGUGAACUAGAACGUCUUGGUGCCGGUUCCGACCUAAAUGCCAUGCGGGACAAGUCCAAGGUUCUUAAAUUUCUAUCAUUGUUUAAAAUAAAAACAUCGAAUACGUCGUUGCCACUGCUACCGGGAACGCAGGAGCACAAGCAACCGCUCAAGAACACAUACAACCGGACUGAACAUCAUUUGCCCACUAUUUAGGGAACGGCUGUUCCGAGAGCAAAGAAAGUCAACUGAAAUUCGUGAGAACAUUCCCGUAAAAUAUAAAACAACGGUUUUAAGUAGAACAGCCCCGAAUGCGAGUGUAAAUAAAAAGUAAAUGAAAGGUUUUGUGUGUUAUAUUAUGAUAUAAAUAAAAUAAAGUUAAAAAA